CAAUAAUCAUCACUUUUUUCGCGCACCAGUUCUUUGAUUGUUUGUCCAUGGUAUCGCCGUACCACCGCAUUAAAAUAUUGCACACCAACAAGAGCUCGCUGAGGCGAAACACUGCGAGUUCAGGAGUUAUGCUGUGACUGGCCUGCCCUGACUUUCCACCAGGCUCUGCUGUUUGUGCCAGAGGACGUACACUUAUCAAGGAAGCUACACACCAAGCUGCACGGCCCCCUUCACGCUCAACCCCUGCGCUAUGAGCAGAGGUAGAGGAGGGCCUCUCAGAGAACACUACAGCAGGCAUCCACCACCUGACUCCCAGGCCAACGAGAAUUACUACAGGCCUGGCCCAUCCUCACUCUUCCCUAGACCUGGCCCACAGCAGAGCCCGUAUUCAAGUUGCCACAACAGCCCUGUCCGUCCCGUAGUGCCCAUACAGCCACCCCCAGCUCCUUCUCUCACCCCCUCCGCUCCAUCUGUACCGAAGCACGGUAAAGCGGACCCUAAACCAGAGGCGCUUAACAGCUCAUAUAAUCAGAAUCACGGUCCUGCACCCAAUUCCUUUCAGUACCAACAGGCAGAGUUCCUCAGAGGACACAGCUCUGAGGCGCCACAGUUCAGAGCCAGUCAUCGUGGAGGGGGAGGAGUCCCAGACAGGCGUCCUAGUUCCUCAUACCAGCCCCAGUCAGGCUACGGUAGAUAUUCAUCAUACCCCAACAACAGCCCAAGGGUAGAUGGGGGGGGGUAUAGUCAGGACCAGACUUUUGGAUACCCAGUAGCUCCACGCGGCAACACAGGCCCUCAACACCUAAAUCAAAACCAGUUUCAUGGUACAAACCACAACCCAUACUCCAACAGACAGUGGCGCAUCCCAACAGACUCUGUGUGUGACGAUUUUCAGACGUUGUCUCUCCAUCGAGACAGGCCCAACAGAGGAGGAGAGAGGUUUGACAGACAGUCUGCCUCCAGCAGUUCGGCAAAUUCGCGCUCUACUAAAGUCGACAUCACUUUCACUUCUGACAUCCAGGAGCAGGUUUACAGGGCUUUGGCUGCUCUGAAGCCAAGUGAGGGCAUCUCUGCAAAAUUGUUAGCCAAAAAACUUCAUCUUCCCAAAAAGAUAGUCAACAAGGGUCUUUACUCGUUGGCGCGCUCACAGAAAGCCUUCAAGCAAGGACUCCUCCCCCCCGAGUGGAGUCUUUGCAGAGAACCUCUCAGAGGCGAGGAAGAUCCACCUUCCCAUUUGUGUGCCAGCUCAGGACACCCUCCAGAACCCGAAGCCAAGGUUGAGCUAAAAACAGAAACAGCAGAAAACAGGGGACAAAGCAAAGAAGAGAACUCUGACACAGAGUGUAGUUAUUCUUCCUGCUCCUCUUCAGAGUCAUCCGACUCUGAAGAGUCCCAGUCACCAGCAAAAGGGCAGCACCAGGAGAAACAACAUCCCGUCACUACCAGCUCACCCGAUCCAGCACUUCCCACAAUGGCAGAACAGAAGGAGCUAGUUCUGCAGUACCUGCUGGCUUCAAGGGAGGCAACUGCUCUCGUCAUAGCCAAAAAUCUGGAUCUUAGGGGUACCAAGCAGGUCAAUCCCACCCUCUACUCGCUGGAGAAGCAAGGUGAAGUCGUUAAGAAUAGUCACGCUAACCCGCCCACCUGGCAGCUCUCCACCCACCGCCGAGAGAGGAUGGAAAGGAGCCUUAAAGCCUCAAAGAGCACCCGCGCUGAGGGGCAUCAGAUGUUGGAGGGACCCGGUAGAGAUCAGAGAAGAGGAGAGUCUGUCUUUCUGUCGCCGUCGUCACCAUUUCCACCAAUAUCGGGCCUCGAACCACUGCCACUCCCAGAGCGUUGCCUGCCAGAGCAAAGUCGUAGUGAGGCGUCUCAAAACUCAUUCCAGCCUCCCUCCAUUACCUCAAUUAAAGAGGAAGAGACCAACGAAGGACAGUGGGCUACUGAUGACAUCCCAGAAUUCCUCAACGCCAUCCGCAGAGAGACGGACGCUGGGAAACUGGCAGCAGAGAAGGCCAACUCUGUGGGAACCGUAGCCGUGUCGCUGGCUGCUCCACCUCCACAGAACCUGUCGGCCAAAUUACAGGAGGUGAGGCUGAAGAACCCCGUCAGUGGCCUCAUGGAGUAUGCCCAGUAUCUGGGCCACAACUGUGAGUUCCAGCUCCUCGACCAGUCAGGACCCUCUCACGACCCACGAUUUCGUAUGCAGGUGAUGCUCAACGGAAGGCUGUUUCCUGUCGUAGAAGCUUCCAGUAAGAAGGUUGCAAAAAAGGAUUCCGCUGCCGCCACCCUGCGCAUUCUCAUCGGAGAGAUUGAGGCAGGGCCGACUACGGGAGACGAGGGAUAUACUGCUGUCAGUGCGGACCAAGUGAUCGAUCUCCCCCCAGACACCAGUGGGCAAGCUGAAGGCGCAGCGGUGAUUUUUGGGACUACUAGUGUGGAAGGAAUGGGUACAGUGGAAGGACCUCGCCAGCCGCUGUCCCGCUCCCUGCCUGGUGGGAAGAAUCCAGUGUCUGUCCUGAUGGAGUACAGCCAGCGCAGUGGGAAUCCCAUCGAAUUCAUCAUCACCGGGCAGGCAGGCCCACCACAUGACCCAAGGUUCAUGUACAGGGUGAAGGUUGGAGAGAGCUUGUUUACAGAGGCAUCAGCUCCAAGCAAGAAGGCCGCCCGCCAGCUAGCAGCAGAGGAGGCCGUCAAAGAAUUGAUGGCUGACGGGAGACUGCAGCUCAACAAGCCUCAGCUGCCCCUGGGCUCUUCCAGUGAUAGUGAUGGCACUGGUUCUGGGACUACGUGUCCCUCUUUGCCACCUCUGACUGCAGAUGAGUUGCGAGCAGCACACGAGGCAGGGGUCGGAGAUCUCAUCAAUCACUUGAACAACAACGCAGUGUCGGGUCUACUGGAGUACGCUAGAGCCCGGGGCUUUGCCGCUGAGAUCAGAAUAGUGGGCCAGUCUGGACCACCACACGAGCCUAAGUUCACCUACCAGGCCAAGCUGGGCGGACGCUGGUUCCCUCCAGUGUGUGCGUCCAACAAGAAGCAGGGCAAACAGGAAGCAGCAGAUGCUGCUCUGCGGGUUCUGAUUGGAGAGGCUGAGAGAGCAGCCCGCACUGGGGAGCUCAUCCCGGCUGAGCUUCCAGUGAGUGGCAGCACUUUGCAUGACCAGAUAGCAAUGUUGAGUCACCAGCGUUUCAACGCCCUGACCACACGUAUCCAGCACAGCCUUCUGGGACGCAAGAUUCUGGCCACCAUCGUCAUGAGGAGGGGGGAGGGCCUGGGGACUGUGGUCAGCCUGGGAACUGGAAAUCGCUGUGUUAAAGGGGAGGAGCUGAGCCUUAAAGGGGACACUGUUAAUGAUUGCCACGCUGAAAUCAUCUCCAGAAGGGGAUUUGUUCGGUUUCUGUACAUUGAGCUGCUCAAGCACUACGAUGGCGCAGACGACAGUAUAUUUGAGGCAGCGGAGGAUAACAAACUGCGAAUCAAAUCUGACAUUACCUUUCACCUCUACAUCAGCACGGCACCUUGUGGGGAUGGUGCUCUGUUUGACAAGUCAUGCAGUGAGGCCGGGGAUGAAGUCGAGGGCCAUCAGCCGCUGUUUGAGAAUGCUAAGCAGGGAAAGCUCCGCACCAAAGUGGAGAACGGCGAGGGCACCAUCCCAGUGGAGUCGAGUGCCAUUGUGCCCACGUGGGAUGGCAUCCAGCACGGUGAGAGGCUGCGGACCAUGAGCUGCAGCGAUAAGAUUCUGCGCUGGAACGUGUUGGGCCUGCAGGGGGCACUGCUCACCCAUUUCGUGCACCCAAUCUACCUGAAGUCAAUCACGCUUGGCUACCUGUACAGCCACGGUCACCUCACACGUGCUGUCUGCUGCCGGCUGGCCAGAGACGGUGAAGCGUUCACCCAAAGUCUCCCUCCUUCCUUCAAGCUAAAUCACCCGGAGGUGGGCAGAGUGAGUGUGUACGACUCCACACGGCACACAGGCAAGACCAAGGAGUCCAGUGUGAACUGGAGCUUUCCAGACCAGAACAGUGUGGAGGUGCUGGACGGGACCAAGGGCAAACUGGAUGGGAACAAACUCAGUGUGUCCAGAGUGUCCAAGUCCAACCUGUUCUGUCUGUUCCGCUCUGUGUGCCAGCGUUCUGGCCGCGCUGACCUCUUCGCACUGCCCUCCUACUCCCAGGCCAAGUUGACGGCCAUGCCCUUCCAGCUAGCCAAGCAGAAUUUCUUCCGAGCUCUGAGCUGCCACGGCUACGGCGCCUGGAUCGGCAAGCCGCUGGAAGAGAAGAGCUUUGAGUCGGGGGAGGGAAACGGGAACAAUGGGAUCCCUGUGGGAUAUGGCAGCAGUAGAAAUUGCGGAGCAGUGGAGUUGAAGCAAGAGGAUGCGUAGAACAGUGCAAGAGUGCGUUUUUAGGUGGGUUGAUAUGAAUAUGUGGGGAGAAGGAAAGCACAAGGCAAGGGCAGAUUGGAAGGGUGGAUGGGACGGGAAAAAGACAAUCAAACCAUUCGUAGGCCGCAGCCAGAAUUGUAUCUUCUGAUGAACAUGGUUAAAGGCUGCGGAGGAAGAGUAAUGGAAGGAGACGAUGAUGGCAAAAGCCUGAAGGGAUGAGUGGAGUCAGUGGAGACAGACGGAGCUGUGCAGCGAUCCAACAAGUUUGAAGUCAGUAAAUCACCAUGGUGUAAACACUGCUACAAAGUUGGGUUGUAUUAGUUUGUAAAACAAUUCCUUUGUUUUUUGCAGUAUACGGUUUAUACCUGUGGGUUGGUUUCAAGUUGUAAUGUUAGUUUUUCCUUUUGUCGUUGCAGCGUUUGGCAUAUUCUCCCGUUAUUGUCUCUCCGUUCUACUUGAUAUGUCAACUUUUUUUUGACUAUUGCAAGUGCAGUUUGGACCCGGGUGACUUGGCCUCUUUCGACUGCGGUUGUCUAAUUUUGCCACGAGAACUUAAGUGGCUGACAAGUGCUGCUAAUUGGCAUUCGACCUAAUACGACCCACCAUUACAGCAGUGUUUGUAAAUGUGAUGAAGUUAAUUGGAAGUUGGAGUCCUCGGUCAUGUAGUGCUUAUUAUUGUGUCGGCUCCCUAUGUUCUGCUGCAUUCAAACACAAAGCAGCAGACACGAUGGGACGCUCUCAGCAGGAAUCUCACCCUGGAUAGAUGUCACACGUAAACUAGUCCUUGCUCAGCGCAGCUAUCAUGUACAGAAGAAGAAUAUCAAUGCCAACUUUUACUCUGAUCAGUCACUAACCAAACAUUCGCCGUCCCACAUUUGAGGCUUUAGCUCCUGAAGCCUUCGAUCAGGCCUCUUUCUGAGUCAAAUUUAAACUUACUGUACACCCUCAGCUGUUCACGGUUACCAAUAACAUAGCAUAUGCCAGAGCGCCCCGUUGAUCAAUCCCAUAAUUUCUCUGUGCUUUUGGGUUUUUCUAGAGAAUUACUGAUGUCAGGACCUCCACGAUGUACAAUAUUUCUGUUGUUGCUUGUGUAUUUCUGAGUAUUUCUACUUUUAUCUUCACUUCUGGCAACAAAGUUCAUAAGUCACUGGCCAUGCAAGCAAAUCCUGGAGAGCAUCAACUGUCCUGUGUAUCGGUUUUUUUACAUCUUGAUACGAACAUGCUUUUAGGUUCUCUUGCAUGGCCAGUUUCUGAGGACUGCUGGGUGAAAACAGUUCUGUUGUUUGAGAGUGUGUAGUCUGUUCUUGAUUUGCUUAUAUGUAGAUGGAUGGUGCAAUAUAUACAUCAGGUAUAUACAAAUACAUGAUCACGCAGAUGUUACAGUGGGGUCCAAGAGCCUGAGUCCAGUUCCAGAAACUCAUAACUAACAGAAAUGUAAAGUCAAACUGUUUCGUAUUGUUUUUAUGAAGGAAGUGAAAGAAGUUUAUAUUCAUCUGGUUGUUUUUUUAAAAAUAGAAUUUCAGAAUCCACUUUAUCCAAGCGCUCUUUAAGAUUACAUCUGAGAUGCCUUGUGAUAGCUUGAUGUUACAAUUAGUCUCAGAUGUUUGUUGUGUUUGAGGUCAGGCAGCUACAGAGGGAAAGCCGUACAAGUCAGCACUCCGAUAAGUCAAACCUUUUUUUCUCUACCUUUUGAUUGUAAAAGCCAUUGUUUUGAUGGAAAAGGAAUGUUUUAAGCUUGAAGUAAUGACACACCUCUAUAGAGGGGCACCUCUCUCUGGUCCGUCUGUAGUUAUCUCUAAAGUUAAGUUUUAAUUGGGGACUUUGUUAUUGUCUUCAGCAGUGAUUCAUGCUAUUGGUUGAGCCGUAAUAAAGAUAUUAGACUUAAAAACAAGUAGACAAAGUCUUUUAUCAAGUUUCAGCACCCACUGCAAUAGGAAUUACACACGAGACCUAACAUAGAAAAGCAAGUAUUUUUAGUAUUUGUUUGCAAACAUUAAUUUGAUUUAUACCAGUUGUGUAUUUGAAUACAAAGCUUUUUUUAAUUUGCAUUUGUUUGGGUGUUUUUAUCAUUAAAACGUAAAGUUCUUGGUAGUGGACUCCGACUCUUGGACCCCCCUGUAUGCAAACAUAGAUGUUUUCGUAUAAAGAUGUAUAUAUGUCUGUGUAUGUAUUUGUAUAAUUUUAAUGUAUAUAUUUUAUAAAUCAUCUACAAUUGCAUUUCUAUAUGUUUUAAUGAAACUGCAAAUAAAUAUGCUGUUUUUUUUACAAAUGACGUUUGGAAAAUCAUUAAAAAGUGUAUACCAAUGUUCUAGUUGAGUGAUGAUUAUCCGGUAUUUUCUUUCUAUCAGUGUCUGUUAUACUGUCUAUUAUUUGAGACACAGUUUUGAAUUACAUUAAUGCAGAAACAAUGACAGGAAAGAGAUGUUCUAGUUUGAGAGAGUAUGAUAUGCUAAUUCUUACAGCCGGGGCUCUUUUCCUCAGGGUGGCGUCUCGGUCCAGCCUGGCCUCCAAAUAGCCAAAGAGCCGAUUGCAAUGCUCCAAAGGAUCAGCAGAUGGAAACAUGUCCUCACCUUAGGGUAGGAGGCUGUAUGUAUGUGUGUACGCAUGCAGAGAACGGCUACAUGAAAUCAGCCCCAGGUGAUGAUCAGUUCAGCACUGACAUUUAUUUUAUCUAUGAAGUAGUACCUUUAUAUUACGUGGGCUACUUCAAUUAACUACAUUAUUUUUUUUUCAAGCUUACAAAAUUUUUGUCCUUUUGCUUUCAUUUUCAGGCGGCGUAAGUCUGAGUAGUAUAUUUGAUUCAACUUUAUUACCAUUGCAUGCAGCAAAUAUCUAACCAGAUGCAAACAGCAUCAGAAGUGCAUAAAGAGAUGUGUAAAGAUAAACAAAUGAACAAUAGACCAUUUGGGUAGUGAUCGUAAGCACGGAUGUGAUAUGUACAAAAUAAUAUAAAAGAUGUAAAGCAGCUAUGAGGAUCAAAAUAACAAAGCAGGUAUUAUGGAAGAGAAAUGUGUAUUGGUGCAUUCAUUCUGAGAUGAUAGUUAUGUGCUGCAAAAUUAUAGUGAUACUCCACACAGUCUCAGAAGUGUGAGUGUGAUGCAGUAACACUGAGCUGUCAUUGGGUGUGAUGUCUCUGGGAACAAAUAGUGAUAUUCAAUGUCUUAAUUGUGAAUCGGCUCUGUGUAGCAUUAGAUCCGGUAUUGUCUCCGGUUCAACCGCAAUUGUUUCUGUCGAGGGACAGGAUUAUGGCAGCAAUAUUGCCAGCCAAUCAGUGUAUAGUGCCUUGUAAAUAAUUUUAUUUUGAAUGCCCCCCAAACAGCUAGUUUCAUUAGAGGAGGCUGUGUCGCAGUGCAAUCCCAACAACUUCUGAAAAAAGAUUGCUGAUACCCCUACACGUAAUUACAGCUUGAGCUAAGAAAUCAAUUGGUGAGAUUCCCUUCAAGUUGGCAAUAAUUAUAUCAAAAUGUGUGAUGCGUGUUUGUACUGUCCAAAUGGGCUGUGUGCAAUAGUGAGGGCUUGUGUCAAUGAGGAUCUCCACCCGUCAAGUUGGAUUCAUACGUGUGUGUAUUUGAAUGAUGGGAGGGCGGGACUAAUGAUGGAAGGAGAAGAGUUAAGCAUGAC